AUGACGAACUUGGAUCACGUGGUUGUGGCAGAAGUAGUCGUAUUAUGGGUCUAUGGUAUCAUAGGAGGUGUGGCAUCUGGAGUACGCGUACCAGAAGGAGGCGUGGCAUCUGGAGUGCGUGUACCAGAAGGAGGCGUGGCAUCUGGAGUGCGUGUACCAGAAGGAGGCGUGGCAUCUGGAGUGCGCGUACCAGAAGGAGGCGUGGCAUCUGGAGUGCGUGUACCAGAAGGAGGUGUGGCAUCUGGAGUGCGUGUACCAGAAGGAGGUGUGGCAUCUGGAGUGCGUGUACCAGAAGGAGGCGUGGCAUCUGGAGUGCGCGUACCAGAAGGAGGCGUGGCAUCUGGAGUGCGUGUACCAGAAGGAGGUGUGGCAUCUGGAGUGCGUGUACCAGAAGGAGGCGUGGCAUCUGGAGUGCGUGUACCAGAAGGAGGUGUGGCAUCUGGAGUGCGUGUACCAGAAGGGGGCGUGGCAUCUGGAGUGCGCGUACCAGAAGGAGGCGUGGCAUCUGGAGUGCGUGUACCAGAAGGAGGCGUGGCAUCUGGAGUGUGCGUACCAGAAGGAGGCGUGGCAUCUGGAGUGCGUGUACCAGAAGGAGGUGUUGCAUCUGGAGUGCGUGUACCAGAAGGAGGCGUGGCAUCUGGAGUGCGUGUACCAGAAGGAGGCGUGGCAUCUGGAGUGCGUGUACCAGAAGGAGGCGUGGCAUCUGGAGUGCGCGUACCAGAAGGAGGCGUGACAUCUGGAGUGCGCGUACCAGAAGGAGGCGUGGCAUCUGGAGUGCGCGUACCAGAAGGAGGCGUGGCAUCUGGAGUGCGUGUACCAGAAGGAGGCGUGGCAUCUGGAGUGCGUGUACCAGAAGGAGGCGUGGCAUCUGGAGUGCGUGUACCAGAAGGAGGCGUGGCAUCUGGAGUGCGUGUACCAGAAGGAGGCGUGGCAUCUGGAGUGCGUGUACCAGAAGGAGGUGUUGCAUCUGGAGUGCGUGUACCAGAAGGAGGCGUGGCAUCUGGAGUGCGCGUACCAGAAGGAGGCGUGGCAUCUGGAGUGCGUGUACCAGAAGGAGGCGUGGCAUCUGGAGUGCGUGUACCAGAAGGAGGCGUGGCAUCUGGAGUGCGUGUACCAGAAGGAGGCGUGGCAUCUGGAGUGCGCGUACCAGAAGGAGGCGUGGCAUCUGGAGUGCGUGUACCAGAAGGAGGUGUGGCAUCUGGAGUGCGUGUACCAGAAGGAGGCGUGGCAUCUGGAGUGCGUGUACCAGAAGGAGGUGUGGCAUCUGGAGUGCGUGUACCAGAAGGAGGCGUGGCAUCUGGAGUGCGCGUACCAGAAGGAGGCGUGGCAUCUGGAGUGCGUGUACCAGAAGGAGGUGUGGCAUCUGGAGUGCGUGUACCAGAAGGAGGUGUGGCAUCUGGAGUGCGUGUACCAGAAGGAGGCGUGGCAUCUGGAGUGCGCGUACCAGAAGGAGGCGUGGCAUCUGGAGUGCGUGUACCAGAAGGAGGCGUGGCAUCUGGAGUGUGCGUACCAGAAGGAGGCGUGGCAUCUGGAGUGCGUGUACCAGAAGGAGGUGUUGCAUCUGGAGUGCGUGUACCAGAAGGAGGCGUGGCAUCUGGAGUGCGUGUACCAGAAGGAGGCGUGGCAUCUGGAGUGCGUGUACCAGAAGGAGGCGUGGCAUCUGGAGUGCGCGUACCAGAAGGAGGCGUGACAUCUGGAGUGCGCGUACCAGAAGGAGGCGUGGCAUCUGGAGUGCGCGUACCAGAAGGAGGCGUGGCAUCUGGAGUGCGUGUACCAGAAGGAGGCGUGGCAUCUGGAGUGCGUGUACCAGAAGGAGGCGUGGCAUCUGGAGUGCGUGUACCAGAAGGAGGCGUGGCAUCUGGAGUGCGUGUACCAGAAGGAGGCGUGGCAUCUGGAGUGCGUGUACCAGAAGGAGGUGUUGCAUCUGGAGUGCGUGUACCAGAAGGAGGCGUGGCAUCUGGAGUGCGCGUACCAGAAGGAGGCGUGGCAUCUGGAGUGCGUGUACCAGAAGGAGGUGUGGCAUCUGGAGUGCGUGUACCAGAAGGAGUCGUAGUUGGAUUAGUUGUAGCAGAAGCAGUCGUUGGUUCAAGGGUGGUUGCGUUAGAAACAGUCGUCGGUUCAAGGGUGGUUGUGGUAGAGGCAGUCGUUUGUGCAAGGGUGGUUGCGUUAGAAACAGUCGUUGGUUCAAGGGUGGUUGCGUUAGAAACAGUCGUUGGUUCAAGGGUGGUUGCGUUAGAAACAGUCGUUGGUUCAAGGGUGGUUGCGUUAGAAACAGUCGUUGGUUCAAGGGUGGUUGUGGUAGAGGCAGUCGUUUGUGCAAGGGUGGUUGUAGAAAGCUUUGUGGUUUGGACAGCUUCAGUAGUUGUCUCAUCACUGCCACUACUGUCACUUCCACUACUGUCACUUCCACUACUCUUAGAUGAUCUUCCACCUUUCCUUCCCCACCCGUUUCUUCUUCCCCCGCCGUUACUUCGCUUUCCCCAUCCCCGGCCGUCUCUUCGCUUUCCCCAUCCCCGGCCCUCUCUUUGA